CACGCGUUUGCCUACUCGUGACAAGGUCUAUUGUUUGUAUGAAUUUUCAUGAUCUUGAGCUGUGAAUCCACGUUUUCCCGGACCUGGCACAGCGGUCGUUACCGCCUGUUUGAGGUAACCACGACAACAAGCACCGAAAAGAUGGAGGUUCUGCUCGACGGAUUAAAGAGUGGCCAUGGAUCAUGAAACUUGUCUUACAUGUAGAUAUUGAGUUCUGAACGUCACACUCUUGAUUGUGUCGCUGUAUUUGCGUAUUUGCAUUGUUAAAACCGGAAAAGGGUCGAACUGUUGAAGUCAUCAAAACCAGCCCUCGCUUUUUCCGAUCUGUGGGGAGACAACUUGUAGUGAGUAUUGGGUAAGUUUAAGUUUAACUAAAGAAGCUGAUCAUGAAGGUUUUAUAUUCUUUCUAUUCUCGAAACAGUGUUUAAAUUCCCGUAGGAAACGAGCAGAUCUGUUUUUAGUCUGCUACAGAUCUGUUGAAACAUCUGCAGCAGAUCUGCAGACAGUCUACAGAUCAUCUACAGAUUAUCUGCGAAUUGUCUGCAGAAUGUCUGCAGAAUAUCUGCAAAAUGUCUUCAGAAUGUCUGCAGAAAUGAUCUGCAAUUUUUGCAGACGUUCUGCAGACGAAGGAGGUAUAUAGUAAGCACAAUAACAGACGUACUGCACCAAUCAAACACCUUUUAUUUUUAUCGUAAAUACAUAAAAUAAUCUCUCAAAUUGCGCCGAAAAAGCUUAGGAUAACCGUUAACUACAACUGAAUGCCUAUCACUUUAGUAAUAAAACAAUGCAAACAACAAAAUUAAAACGAGAGAACAUUGAGAAGUCCCAGCUCGCGGGUAUGAGAAACAAAAUUAAAUCACAACAAUCUGGCCUGUAAACACACAGUCACAGUCACUCGCUUAAAUUUCUUCAAUGAAUAACACAUCAAAAUGCUGACAUUGAAAUAACCGAGCUCAAUAACAAAGAAGGAUUUUUGUCGGAGGCUAUAAGAGAGGAAACGCAACUGUUCAAUCACAUGAAUGCGGUUAAUUCCUACGCGACGGUUUGGUUUGUAACACGCAGCGCUAUUAGCCUAUACUUCAAGUCGCUCACCUCUUCGUUUCCUCCAUGAUCCGCGAUUAGUUGCAUUUCUUUAUGAAUGGAGCAAUUCAUUUGUGGUUCAGUUUUUGCUAUGUUCCGGGUGAUGGACUAAACGGGCAUACAUAACUUGAGCAAAUAAUCUUUGAUCAAGACUCUUGCAACAUAAUGUUAAUUCCUACGCAAGCGUCGUCUGUUUCCCAUUCGUUGAGAGUCGCUUGAGGCACAGUUGAUUUUUAACCAGUACUUUUUCCAUCUUCGCUCUAUAAACAGCUAAAAACCUUUUUUAACUUUUUGAAUCCAAACUGAACGCAAAUAACUUGCUUAGUUAGCGAGAAACCGAUUGCAUAUUUCAUUCAAGCAGAAAAACGGUCGCGAGGAAGAUGAGUAAUAGGAUCUUCUAGUAAAGUGCGGACCAAUUAGAUUAAGUUCUGGAAUGUCUCCAGGGAAUUACCCGAUCGCGUAUCAGUCACGGAAGGUCUCCAAAGAAUACAUUUUUGAGAUUUAUUUUGAAUUUACAUGAAUUUAAAACUCCAUGUCCGUAAGAUGUUAUUUUGAGUUAAGUUGAACUGUCAUGAACGAUGAGGCACAUGGCGUUCGUUUAAUGUUGCUGUGUAAAACUGGUAAGUACUCAGUCAUGUUUUUUAAAAGAAACUGAUUUACCAGCAGCAUUCAUGAAUGUACUUUGAAAAGCUACAUAAGUCUUGAGAGUGAAUAAAAUGAAAUGAAAAUGGUAAUUUUCCAACGCUUUUUAUAAUAAUUGGAUGAAGCUUAUGUUUGAAUUUAUCGACAAAGCAGCGGAUGGACCCGACCGGAGAGACAUUAGUUGCCUGUUUCGAAUUGAUAAACAUGCGCGCUAAAUUAAUUAAGACGGCUUACAGACUCUGCAGACUUCACAGAUCAUGUGCAGAUCUGUUUUUCAUCUGUUUCUCGUCUGCAGGAAAACACCUUUGUAGACGAUGAAGGCAAUGCGUCUGCUACAGACUGAAAACAGACUUUGCAGACGAUAAAAUGGUCUGUAGCUAGUCUGUUUUUCAUAAAACAGAUCUGUUGCAGAUCUGCUGCAGAUCUGUUGGUUUCGUACGGAUUUACGUUUCAGUUAUAUAAAUAAACCUUCUAAAGAACAAUUUUUUCACUUAAAUAGAUGAUGAUCUGUCUGUACAUUUAUGCUUCUUAUAUGUAAGCUUACACAUGUGAUAGCUCGACGAAAUUAAUAUUGAAAUUAUUUUAACAGAAUCAGCUGAGCAUUCAAUAUUUUCGUGAUUUGAAGUGUAAGUUCUAGAUUGUCCUAGCUCUUGGUCAAAUAGAAGAAGUGACUUGAGUGUUAAUGGAAAUGCCAAAGCAAAGUUCGUGAGCGGGAAAAUUGAGGGGGUACCCAAUACCGCAAUACACAGUCUCCUUUGGAAAGCACUUGCUCAGGUAUAUGGGCCCAAGGGUAUGGAGUUCUGUUCCUAGUUACGUGAAAAAAGCUUCCACGUUGUCCUCCUUCAAAUAUAACAUCAGAAAAGUGGAUCUUAGCAUGCUAUUAGAUGACAAUAAGUGCUCUAACUGCUCUCUUUGCACUUCUUAAUCUUUUAUUUCUUAUUUUUUAUAAGAUAAUGGAUACAUUUGUACAUAUUGUAUAUAGUUCUCUCAAAUUUCUCACUUGCUUAUACUGUACAUAGUUUUUCUUAAUUUUAAUUAAUUUAUUAAUUGAUUUAUUUUUUAAAUUUAUUUUAGUGUCCCCACUUAGUGGUUAUAUACCGCUAUUACAGUUUUGACACUUUAAUAAAGGUAUCAUCAUCUUAAUCAAAAGUGGCAAAUACCGAAGUACCACGUCGAAAAUCGUCUAAAUACCGUUAACACAUAUUUUAAUCACAUUUUGAUCGGUUCCGCAUACUUAUGGUUGCUUUCAUCUAGCGCGUUUAAUUAUCUCCGGCAUUUAUGCACCAGAUGUCCAUGUUUUUUGUUUUGGUAUUUUAGUAGUUCGCAAAUUUUUCACAAAUUUUCACUGAAAAGUAAACUAUAUUGGUUCAACCUUUUGGUAGUUCGACCCAACAGCUAAUUAACUCCAAUAAAAAUAACCCUAGAAAGGGCGAAAACAUAAAACAAACCAAAACCCUUUCCAUGCACGUCCAGUGCAAGUUUUGAUAUAAAGUGAGUCUAGUCUGGUAGGUUAGGCCUGGUUCAGACGCUGUACUUUUCAUGUGCCGAACCUAACUGAAUAAGUUCGACUUUGGAGCGACACUGGCGCGACAUCUGAUUCACACGGCGUACCGUGUGUCGAACCCAAGUUAAGUUCGACAAAAGUUCGACAGACUCUGUCCAACUUAACGCUUUUGCCACAACAAACUAAAACUGCCGUACCAAAUUGAUUCAGACGCCGCUCUUUUGCCGUAUUUAAUUCAUCAGUCAGGUUCGGCACAUGAGUGGAGCGGCGUCUGAACCGGGCCUUAGUCUCUCAGGGGUCAACUAUCCUCACAUGUCGCGCUGGUAAGAAGCAAACUUACCAAAUCCUCUCUUUUAACUUUACAAGGCAUUUUUCAAUUCUUGAAACCUGAAAUCUAAACUUAUUCUUCUUGCGAUAAUGGUCGCCUCCUUCACCCUCUUCAUAAGAAAUUGCCACACAGUCAAUGAUGACUUCACUGUCUUCAGCCUUGGCGACCUCAGCCAUUGUGAGAAAAUUUGUAAGACCUCGAAUUGCCGGCACACGUACACAGAUUGAAAAGCCUGGUAAGGUAACUUGAGACGAAUCAUUGUCAUUGGAUGCAACAACAGUCACAUUAUGGUAUUAUCAACCAUUAACUGUCACAAAAUGAUCCACAAAUGGUGUAAUUAUUUACCGUCAUGUCUCAAGACUUCUAAUAUUGACUUUCAUUGACCUUUAUGUCCUACUAUGUUUUGUUUUGCAUAUUGUAUCAAAAGGAAAGCACAAAUAAAUGGUACCGUAAUACCGUGAACAAUCUUAUUUCACCAAACACCGUCAGCCAAAAUGAUGAAAAACCACAUACCGCAGAGCUAGAUGAUACUGCAAUACCACACGUUAAAAUUAAAAUUACCGAAAUACUGCAGGAAAAAGAGCCCAACACUGCAAUACUGUAAACCCCCAUGCCCCCCUCUAGAUUUGUACGUUUUCUAUUUUGGCUUAGCACAUACUGUACAUGCAAGCCCCUAGGGGGUACUUCCUUAUUCAAGCUAUAUAGGUAUGUGCCGCCCCAUCAGGCAGGUUUUUUGUGCCGUUUUGGUCUGAAAACAGGUAUACAGUUUGCCCAUUCUGGUCUGGAAUUGGGUAUGGUUUUUGAGGGAACGACAGAAGUGUAUCGACAUAUAUAUUUACUGUUUUAAUUCUAGAUGAGUAAGGAAGAAAGGGAUAUAUGCAAAUUCGAAAUGCAUUUGAAGAAUUGUUUUGUUUGUACUCCAGUCUAAGUAAUGAUAACGUAAUUUCUGCUUAAAGGCCAGGUCUGAAAACGGGUGUGGAAAAUAUUUACAUUUUUUGGUCUGAAAUAGGGUCAAAAUUUGGAGAACCAGAUGGCACACCCCACCAGGAAUUCCUGGGAGUACCCCCCUCCCCUGGGAUGCAAGCUGAGGAGUGCCCUUUGGUCCUUGCAUGCAUAUAAGCUUUAUAAGUUUGUCAAGCCAAAAGAAUGUAAUCCCUAUGCUCAACUCAUGAGUACAUACCAGAAUUAACAGAAUCAUCAUAAAUUAAGCAAGUUUUAUUUUCUUGGCCUGUUGCUAGUUAAGAUCAUGUGUCAGUCAUCUACCCCUCCCCCCCUGGCUCUUGACGCAAGAUUAGGGACCAUCAUUUAUUACAUUCCCUUAUUUCCUUUUGUCGCAAGGCCACGUGAGUGAAAAAUCUCUAUACCCCUUCCUGCAUUGCAGAAGUAGUUUCAAAAGUGCACCCAUUCCUUUUCACCUGUGAGGUUGAGCCAUGAGGGUAUCAUGGAAGCAACACUGUAGUUAUUCAUUUUCAGCUUGAAAAUAAAAACAAAAGCAGAAGAUAAUGUUCUUUACAUUACCCCUACCCUCACUUCAGAAACCACUUGCAGCGGGUUGAUUUUUUUUUCUACAUAUAGUAGUAGCUGACAUUCUUAUUCUAACCCUAAUUCUUCUUGUGUGACCCCUGUUAACAACUCUGAUUGAUAAUCUACCUACAUAAAGAAAAGAGAUUUAGUUAAAAAAAAAAACAUAUUUGAAAUGAAAACCUACCAGUAAAAUAACUAGUCUAGAUUUUUUAUCUGCAGGUAAUCCCAUACAUCUUGUUCCAAGAUGGAAGGAAAUUUAUCAUUAUUUGGCUUCAUGAUUAGUGGACAUCUAAUAGCCUUACUUCAAAGUAAACCCUUACAAACCAAUCGAGAGAAUUGAUCAUGGCCAAUGUGCCACACUGUGAAAUGCAGAAGAAAAAAUAUUAAAUGUAUCAGAAAAGGGUCAUCAAUGGUUUAUAGGUGCAUUUUGCGAAUCUAUCAAAUGGACAACACAUGUACAAGCUUUAUUACUUUUAUUUGUCAAAACAAAAAAAAAUGUUCAAAAGUUUUCAACAAUAUCGAAUGCUCCAGGGUUUCCUUAGACCAGGCAAGGGACUUUUUUGGAAUGACUGACACAUUAGGUUUAAAAAGUCAUAUUUACUUGGGAAUACUUUUGUUGAGAUAACUAUCUUGUUGAUGAAGCUGAAGGCGAGAUCUGGUCAAAUCCGAUUUGUGCAUGUGAUUGCCUGUCGGCUUCAUCUACAAGAGAUCUGGGAGGGAUCUUGCAGAUAAAAUACUUGCAUCACAUUAUAGUAGUACUUGUUUGUUUCAUCUUGCGAUUGUAUGUGAGUACACUUAAAUGUUUGAAUUGAUUUGCAGAACACAUCUGUUGUUUAUAACAGUUAAAAUGGCAUUGAAUUUUUCUGGUUAUGGACUUUCAAUAGCCUCAACGACUUCACCUUUAGCACCAAGUGUGAUCCAAGGAGGAGAUCUUCUGAACUUGACAUUUCAUUUCAAUUAUAAUGGGACAAAUGAUAUCAUUGUCAGUAACUCAACUGCCUGCCAGGAGCUUUAUAACAAAACUGUGUUCAUAAAAUUUGUGAUUACUUUACCAAUUGUCUUUGAAAUCGUAUACCCAAAGAAUCUGAGUGGGGACCUGAAUGGUACCAUUUUCAUGGAUUUGUUAAACUGCUCUCUCUUGCCAUCUAUGAAGAUUAACUCAUCCAUAUAUCAAACUGACAGCCAACAGUUUAAUGUGAUGGAGUUUGACAUAAUGUUGCAGAAUGUUACUAGUUGGGCUUCAACUCUUGAUGUGCGGCUAAGGUUACUGCAUUUAGCAAAAGCAGGUAGUUUAUUGAAUAUUUCAGGAAAUGUUAUCAUUGCAAAUGAAACCAAGCAAUUUUACAUGUCAUCGUACACAACUCCAGUCCCUGGAAACCUUCAGCUCACAAUAACAAGUACUUCAAUUCUUGAGACACCAAAUGUUACCCUUACAUCAGAGGAGUCAGUGACAUUUGCUGCCACCUUCCAGCUUCCAAGAUUAACUACAAACCUUACACUAGUAAUAAAACUUCCUGCGUUCGCAAAUUCGACACCCAUGACAUUUUUUCAUAGUUAUGUGAAAAGCUUCUCACAAGGUGUUUCAUCUCAUAAACUCAGUGUUGGUUCACCUCCAGAAUUUAGUCUGUCUGAUGAUCACAGAUUUCCACAUCCUGAUGUAGCACAGUUUAUUUUUGGGGAAACUUUCAACCCAGCAAAUGAAUCAUCUAAUGGCACAAUAACUGUGGAAAUCACAGCAAAGGUAGACUCAAACCAAGGAGUGUAUAUACCAGAUUCUGAAGGAAAUGUUACUUGUUUUCUUAUGUAUUUUUCAUCCCAAGGCAUAAAUGUUAUUGCUGGUGAAACGUUUUUGGCAUUAAAGCUUGGACAACCACUACUCAAGACAAAUUUUGUAUUAACCCAAGAUUGUUGCUAUGAAGGCAACGAUGUGGCUGAGCUUAAAUUUCAAGUGAAGAAUCCUCAUGUUUCUACAGCUGCUGCAGGAAAUGUCAUCAUCAACAUUACUAUUUCCAGGCCUCAUUUACAACUCCAAAAACUGUCGGUUAACUUGUGUGAAAAUAUCUCAUUUUCUAAUCAAAGUUUGUACAAGUGUUUGGAUUUGAUGGAAACUGCAGGUAUGCUGGUUAAUUCUAGCUCAGGGCUGACAGUGAAUUUACCAAGGUAGGAUAUUUUCCUAUUUUGUUGCUAUUUACAUUGUAAGUAAAAGGAAACUUUUCACCUGCCUUAUAAAAAAGCUAAUGAACAGAGUCUGUAAUAAUUUAUGGGUUAUGUAUUUAAAAAAGUGAUAGAAAAUGUGAUUGCAAAGUACAGUUGUAUGUUUGGGGCUUGGGUUUAAACUAAUGAUCCCUGGCUUUAAUUGGAAAACAGAAGUAAAUGUCAAAUCCCUUUCUUCUUCUUGAAUGUUUUUCCUUAAAUACUUUAAAGCAACAAAGUGACAACUCCUAGGCUUAUUCCUGCACUAGUAUUUUGCAGAGAUGCCAACCUCUGGAAAUCUAAAAUCUGGAACGUCCAACCCCUAACCCCUUCCCCACCCCCCUGACCCUACCCCCACCCCCGAUAAGCGUAAUUCAAUCCAAUCCCUAAUUUACCUCAUAGAAAUGGCUUAGGACAUUAUAUGAAGUCUUACAUGAUGUACAGACCAUCACAAUUCACUUUUAUGACUGUAAUGGUGAAAUAAUCGUUUUCAGUGAUGAAAAAUGGGAUAAAUUCCAAAUUAAAGCACAGAAAAUCCCAUAACUUGAUUUUAUCCAGGAGAUUUGGUUACCCAUACAGGACACAAGGAGACUGGUGCCGUAUCUGGGAGACUCCCCGAUAAUCUGGGAGAGUUGGCAUGUAUGAUUUUGCAUCAACAAUAUGCGUUGUAUAUGCCAUGACAAAAUUGCAUCACUGAAAUUUCUUACAUGUACCUGUAUUAUAGGUUAUUUUAUUAAAAAUUUUAAACAUUUAAAUUUAUGAAGCAUGACAUAUUAUUUCUAGAUGUGCUUUAUUCAUAGUAAUUUUUGCAGUAUGUUAAUUAAUGUUUCAAGGAGCAUAGUUUUUCAGUACAGUUACAGUAAGUUAUGUAAUAACUUUAUAUCAUUAUUAAUUUAUUGGGAUGGGCAACUAUGUAUUCCAAAAACAAUCUGGUACACAAUGUAACAAAUUGUUUAUAUUUGUCAUUUUCUAACAUGUGAUGAUAUUUUACUAUCUACCCACAGGUUAAAUUCAUCUUCUUGGGUUAAUGGUAGUGUUUUCUCUCUAGUGAGACCCUCUGUGGCAGCAAGCAGCUUUCAUGCCAACAUCUUAACAAUGGCUUACACACGUACUGGUUGGUUACCAAUAAAUAGAGAUUAUGUGCAGACGUUAAACAUAAAACCUGUCAGAGCCUCUGUUCUUAAUGUUAUAAGCAGCAAUGUUCCUCACCCUACUCAAGAUUCCAGUGUAAUAACCAUAGGGGAAGAUAUCGUUUUUCGAAUGGUACUGUCUGUUCCAGUGUCAACAAAUCAUGACUUCACGCUGCAAGUUUCUGGCCAGGAUGUGGAAGGUGUGGCUGGGAGAAUCAUUGGUGUUGGCAAUAACAUACAGGCUCUUGAUCGUGGAAAACUUAUUGGGCUUAGUAAGUGUCAAUAGUUUAGACUUUCAUACGAUAAGCUUUCAAAGUCAAGUCAAGUCAAGUCAAUCUUUAUUUAAACACGGUAAAAUCCAUCAGGAAUUUAAAAAAUUAAAAAUAACCUAACUAUCCUAAACAAAAUUCAAAACCUGACUACAACUAAUCUAACUAAAACCUGUUUUUCAUGAAUGCCGUGUAUAACAUUAAAAAUGAACAUUAACUAAUCUUUUAAAUUGACUAAGAGAUUCGGCUUCUCUCACAUGACAGGGUAGGCUGUUCCAGAGAACUGCUCCGCUAUAAGUAAAGCUGUUUUUCAUGAAAUUAGGUCGCGGAAAUGGGACAAAUAGUUUGUUAACAGAGUCCCUCAGGGAGUAACGCGUUUCAUUUCGUUUAACAAACUUAGAUGAUAAAUAUUCAGGAACAAGGCCAUUUAAAGACUUGUAUACCAUUAUGGAUUUCUGUAUUUGAAAUUGAGUGCUCAAGUCUUUCCAAUCGAGUUGUCUAAUCAAACGGUUAGCAUCAGCAUCAUAGCUAGAGAAGGUUAAAACGCGAGCGGCACGGUUCUGAAGCUUCUGUAGCCUGUCAAAUAAUGUUUUACCACAAUUACCCCAGACAAGAUUGCAAUAAUCGAAAUGAGAUUGAAUUAGUGAGUUGUAUAUAUAGUGGAGGGUAGGUGGAGGGACAAAAGGUCUAAUUCUUUUUAUUGCUCCAAUUCCGGAAGCGACCUUUUUAGAUAAUUUAUCAAUGUGUGUUUGCCACCGUAGAUUUUCAUCAAUAAAUAUUCCAAGCGAUUUGACAGAGGAAACGUGUUCUAUCGGAACAUUAUUAAUCGAGAGCUCAAGUGGGUUCGACAAAGUACUCAAUUUUUGUCUGGAGCCAAUUAGCAUGAAUUCAGUUUUAGAAGUGUUCAAAGUAAGUUUAUUGGAAAUAAGCCAUUUGUUUAGGUUAUCUAAAUCGUGACUCAGAGUUAACUGUAUUGAAUUCACAUCAACGCCAGCAUAAGUAAUGUGGGUGUCAUCGGCAUACAUUCUAGGCUGGCACGAAGUAAGGCAGUUUGGCAAGUCAUUAAUAUAAAUAAGAAAUAAAAAGGGGGCCAAGGAUUGUUCCUUGCGGUACCCCACAUUUAAGAGAGCAGAUUCUAGAAAGAGAACCGUUAACAAGACAUCGUUGUGUACGAUUAGUUAAAUACGACCUAAACCAAUCAAGAGCUGUACCUUGUAUUCCGUAAAGGUUCAUUUUAGCUAGAAGGAUAUCGUGGUCAACGGUGUCGAAAGCCUUUUUUUAAAUCGAGGAAAACCACAGCAUUAACAUUGCCACGAUCAAUAUUAAAGGCCCAAUUAUCCGUAGCUUCCAGAAGGGCAGUUGCAGUUGAGUGUAACGAGCGAAAACCCGAUUGAUGAUUAGAAAUGAUAUCUUCAUUGGUCAAAAGUUAUACAACUGAUCAUAAACAAUCCUUUCAAACACUUUAGCUAUAACGGAAAUGACUGAAAUAGGUCGAUAAUUAUUCAGAUCAGAUGGCUCACCUUCCUUGAACAACGGAGUAACUCUAGCACAUUUCCAAUCAUCAGGAAAUAUACCAGAGACUAAAGAUUUAUUAAAGAGAUCACAUAGUGAAACUGAAAUAAGAUCAGCACAUUCACGUACAAUUUUAGCAGAAAUAUUAUCAAGACCAGUUGCUUUAGAUCUACAUAAUUUGUUUAGAUGUGAGAAAACAAUGCUGCAGUUAGUCGAGGAGAAGCUGAAAUUGUUGUUAUUUACCUUUAUAUUAUUGAUAUAACUUGAAUUAUUUUCAGCAGUUAGAGGUAUUUCAUUAGCAAGUCUGGGCCCAAUUGUUGAAAAAUGGUCAUUAAAAGCAUCAGAAAGCUCACUAGAAUUAGAGAUAAUGGUAUCAUUCAAUUUCAGUUCUUUCACCGUUGUAUUAUUCACACGACGGGAUGUAAGCUCAUUAAAGGUUUGCCACGUUUUUCGAGGAUUACCCUUAGAUUGAAUAAAUGCAUUAGAAUAAUAAGAUGCUUUAGAAAUUUUGAUGUCAUUGUUUAUUAUAUUUCGCAACUUUUUGUACCUUUUCCAAUCGUGUGGAUCAUUCGAUGUAAUUGCUUUUCUUUUGGCAGCAUCACGAUCACGCAUGCCUUUCUUUAAUUCUGAAUUGAUCCAGGGUGCUUUAUUUGUUCUAGUACGUCUAGUUCGGAGUGGCGCAUGAAUAUUAACAAUAUCCAAAAACUUCGUUUUCCAGUCAGUCCACAAAACAUUUGGAUCUUCAGAAACAUUACAGGACCAGUCUUGCUGAGCGAUAUCGUUACGAAAACUCUCUAUUAAAAUUUUGGAAAUUUCUAUAAGAAAUGGUUGAGUGCCCUUUUGAAGGAAAAGUGAGAGAUAAUUUCCUAUAAACGUAAAUAAGGCUAUGAUCGCUGAUACCAAUAUGAGAGACUCCGGAACAGACUACCCUGUCAGUAUAGUUUGUAUAAAUUAAAUCAAUUAAUGUUGAAGAGGAUUCCGUUAUGCGAGUAGGUUCAGUUAUAAGCUGUUGAAGCCCAAAUAAAUCAGAAAUUUCACAUAAGCGUCGAGUAUUUAAAUCAUAUUGUGCAGAGGCCAGGUUACAGUUUAAAUCACCUAGCAGAUAAUAUUCUAGGCCGAGGGAAUCUAAUUUCUCAAGAAAUGAUUCGUAAUGUAAAAAAUAAAUCAAUUGAGGAGCAAGGAGGUCUGUACCAAGUGGCUAUCAGAAAUGGCCUGGAGUUUGGUUUCCGAAUCUCUAUACAUAAAUUUUCAAGACUGGGUGCAUUCAAAUCAGAGCGAACUCCAAAAUUAAUCGAGGUUUUUAUAUAAAAACCUACUCCUCCUCCUUGUCUGUUUCUAUCACGACGAAUAAAUUCAUAGCCUGGUAUUUGGACCUCACAACUAUUGAUAGAGUCAUCAAGUUUAGUUUCAUUAAUUGAGAGAAUAUCAAUGGAGCGAUCGGCAAGGAGAAUUCUUAGUUCAUCAAUAUGCUUUGUAAGACUAUUAAUGUUUAAACCUGCAAUUUUAAAACCACGACCAGAAGGAAGAAAAUCAGAGAGAAUUGUACUUUCAAAUGAAUCAACGUUUUGAUUAGGAAUACCUAAUGAUACGUCACUCGGUUGAGAAGCUAGCGUGGGCGUCUCCUGUUGCGAGCUGGAGAGGGAAGGUUUCCCAGUUCCAUCAGAAGCUUUACCAGUUGUUGGAUAGCUGAGGACUGAAAACCCUUAAGAGACUGAUUAUACUUGCCAGAACCAGAUCUUAAAAACUUAAUAAAUUGCACGGCCAGCAAUGACGAACCUUUGGCAUUCAGAUGAAGUCUACUACCAUUUAAUGCUGAGGCGUCAAUAACCGAAUUAUCAAUAUAAGUAAAGUUAUCAUCUACUGCUGUGAGCUUGACCCUCUCAUUAACUUCAAUGCGUUUAGCAUCGACGUUGAUAUCUUCUCUGUAGACUAUACCCGAGAGACCAAUGCUUGAGUUAGGAAACUUGCUCUUCACCUUCAAUACAAGGCUCUUGAUAUCGGCGACACAUGAAUCGGCAGACUCCGAUGGAAGAUUGUUGGUGCCAGUAUGGAUGAUGACGUGAGAAGGAUCCGCGGAUGCAACAGCGAUGUUGUCAACAGCUUCAGCUAUUUCAGCAGUGGUUUUCCCGGGAUAUGAGAAUUUAUGUACAUGUCUUUGCGAAAGCUUUUUUGGAUCAAUGUGUUUUAUCAUUGAGUCACCAAUAAGCACUAUGGGUCUUGUCUUUCCGACUCAACAAGAAUGAUCUUUUUGCAUUCCACGACAUGAUGGCCACGAAGUAAUUCUUUGUAGAGCACUACGUUUGGUACUCUCGAUGUUCAGUUACUUAAGUACAAUUCUGACAAUUUUCCGAAUACUAUGCAUUCAUUAAUGUACAUGUGUUAGUCGAUACGAUCAUAUUAGUCAGAUAUAUCGCAUACAUCGGAUAAGACACAACUGACCUGCGUCGUUGUUGAUGCUUACACAUCCCAGACCGAGAUAACCGUUUCGAUCUUGUUUACCGUGGGUAAUGUCGACCGAGAGAUAUCGGUCGAUAUAGCGGUCGACACUCGGUCGAUAGUCGGUCGAAACUCGGUCGACACUCGGUCGAUACUUGGUCGACACUCGGUCGAUAGUCGGUCGACACUCGGUCGACAGUCGGUCGAUAUAGCGGUCGAUAGUCGGUCGAUAGUCGGUCGAUAGUGGGUCGACACUCGGUCGAGACACGGCCGAUAGUCGUUCCAGAUGUGUCUCGGCCGAUAUAGCUUUUCGUUCGCCGACUUUUCGCCGACAUUUCGCCGACACUUUGCCGAUACUUGGUCGAUAGUUGGUCGAUACUUGACCGAUGUGUCGGUCAGUAAUUGGUCGACACUCGGUCGAUGGUCGGUCGACACUUAGCAUUUCCUACAUUUUCCUACAUUUUUGCGGGACCACAGGAGCAGCAGACUCAACUUAGGCUGAGACAGGUUCUGUUUAACAGCUAAAACUCAGACGAUCGGUGAUGAUACAAACUGGAAAAAAGAAGGUUAUCAUGUCCUUAGUUCCCAGUGCUCUUAGGUUCUCUUCAUAGCGUAAUCGCGCCUUACUUUGCCACAUGUUCCCCAUCGCAUGAUAACAGUAAUUAAUGACGUCUUUGCUUAAAAAAAAAGCCAUUGGACUCACUUGAUAAAUUAACACACGACUAAUAUUCGAACGACAGUUGACCGAUAUACCACCGACAGUUGACCGAUAUACCACCGACAGUUGACUGAUAUACCACCGACAGUUGACCGAUAUAUCACCGACAGUUGACCGAUAUAUCACCGACAUAUGACCGAUAGUAAGUCGAGGUGCGUCGACGGAAUAUCGACCGAUACUCGGCCGAUAGUCUAUCUCACUAUCGACCGACUAUCGACCCACUAUCGACCGACCAUCGACCGACUAUCGACCGACUAUCGACCGACUAUCGACCAACUAUCGACCGACUGUCGACCGACUAUCGACCGACUGUCGACCGCUAUAUCGACCGACUGUCGACCGCUAUAUCGACCGCUAUGUCGACCGAUAUCUCAGUCGACAUUACCCACAGUAAACAAGAUCCACCGUUUCUAGCUAUUUCAAUAAUUGAUUUUGAGAGGGGUCUUCGUUUUUACGCCUUAGGUCUUCAUUUUCUACUCACCCGUUUUCUCGGCGAUCGUGGUGGUAGCCAUCUUGAAAUGGGUGAGCCCAAGCGUAGCCUCCCACCCAGCGCCUGACGCAGACGUUCUUAGGCCUUCGUCACGCGUUUUCUCCCCACGAACGUUGGAUGCGUGGGAGACCAGCCUACGUAGUGCAUCAUGGUAUAUUUUGCUACAAUCCCUGGGGAUUAGCUUCGAUAUUUAGCAAUUAUUGAGUGAGGCUUAGUUUGAUGUGAAGAAUUAUGCAGAUUAAAGAGGAUGUUUUCCACCUCAGCCUUCAGCCUCAGUGGAUAGCAUCCCCCGAGAUCUGCGUAAUUCUUCACAUCUUACGAAAGCCGAAUUCAAUAAUUGUUUCAUUAUUCAUUCAAAAUAGUUUUAAGUUGUUAACAAGCCUACCUCCUCGUAGACCGACUUUCUUUGGCCUAUUUUUCGGCACAGUUUCAGGAUGUAAAGACAGGCUUUUUCUUGCAGAUACUCCUCAAAAAGUUGAUAACAUCCAUCGAGCAGUAUGUUUUACAUAUUCUUGCUUUCCUUCCGUUCAGUUUUAGACAGAAAUUUAGCUAUUUCGUCUUAAGAGAGCCGUGGACGCCAUUUGUUUUUUAGUUCCCACGUUCGCGGCUUCGCCGCUCGCUCGCGCGGUCUCGCGAGAUUCGCUUCGCUCGCCCAAAUAGGAGAGCCUGCUCGCAGUCUAGUUCCCACGUGAAUAGACAGCUAGGCAGCUGCGCUUGGAAACGACCUUGAUCGAUGGUGUAUUGCCCAUGCAGCCUCGUUUCCAAUCAAAUAUAGACCUCUUUCAUAAUGGCGGCCUAUUGAUAUAUUCUUUUCUAUGUAUGAUAAUUAGCCAUUCAGACCUCGUUUGAAAGAAACUUUACGCAUGCUAACGAGGUCAGUAAGGCUAAUUAUCAUACAUGUAAAAGAAUAUAUUAAUAGGCCGCCAUAUGAUCGGGGUCUAUACCAUCGAUCAACCUCGUUUCCCAUCAAAUAUACCAUCGAAUCGAUGGUAUAUUGUUCGCAUCUUCCAAGUUUGGUCAGCAGCGGUUGGUUUUUGCCCCCGCAGGGAUUUCGCCCGGAAGGCGAAAUCUUGAGGAGGCAUCCUUGUAGCUUGCGCGUAUAUAGAGGAAAGUACUUACAGUUAAAAAAAGGAGUUAAUAUACCAGAAAAAAGUCUCGAUUUGCUUGAACGGGGGCCGCGCGGAAUCGUUGAGUAAUGACGACGUUAAACAAUGUUACAAGCCCACGAGUAAGAAAUGAUUAGGAUGACUUAAAAUAAAAAAUUCCCAAAUGGACCGCUUGGGUUGAUCUAGUGACAUUUAUUGUACAGCCAUAGGUCGAUACCCUUUUGCGUUACGUGUGUGUUCAUUGACAUUCUGUGGCGCAGCUGUUUUGAGAGUAUCAAUGCAAACCUGAAAUUUUCAUUUGUUUGUCUCGUUUUACUCUCUUAAAAAAGCGCAAAAAAUUCACAGACCACGAGAGAGAAAAUCUUGUGUUUGAUCGAAAUUAUGGACCGAAAGUCGAUGAGCGCGGAUGUUAGUUAUCAGGGGCGUAUAACUGUGUACAUAGUUAAUUAGAGUGUGUAUAAGCGCUUGGAGGAUUCUCCAGACAUGAGCUUAUCAUUCACAAAUCUUUGAUGGGAAACGAUUAAAAUUUGUCAGGCUUAAUUUACUUUGAGGCAGCGAAUGUAACAAUCAGUCCACUACCAACAAAGUUUCCUAAGCACACGAGUAAAUCAAGCUAGCUUAUCAUAUCAGCAGAACGAUGGACGAUUGCCAUACCCUGCAAGUAGAGGCUACAUUUCGCAGUGUGAGUGAAAUGCGUAGCAGUAUUCUUAGCAGUUAUUUUCGUGAAACUAAAAUGUACCUAGCCUGUGAACAGGCUCUCUGUUUGGGGAAAGGGUGAAAAAAUCACGAGAGAGGGAAGGAAAAGGGUGAGAGCCUGUCCACAGGCUAAAAUGUACUCCUCCCCCCAUGGUUGUGUACUGAGUGCUUAUGGCCCUUAAGGAGGGACGAAUAGCGAGCAACAUGCCUGUUAUUCAUCCUAGCAAUUAAACUAAUAAAAUGAUGCAAUUAUUAACAGAUUUUAACAUCACCGGAAACUCAAAAACUCUCAGAGGCAACUUUGGUACUAUUGUGAAUACUGGAAGUUCUUCACAGCCCUCAGACAGUGAAAUUGAAUAUGAGGUAACAAUUCAGGCCUCUAAUGGUGAGAAUAUUACAAAUGGUCACGUCUUGGAAGUCACGUUUGAUGUAUUUGUCAAUGGUAUGAUCAGGCAGCCACCACAUGUCCAAUCUUUGCAAGUGAGUGUGGAAAGUACUUGAUUCUAACUGAGUUUGUUUUCCGUCAUUGCCUAGUAUAAAUAGCAAAGGAAGUAACAGUCACAAAGAAAAUUAUGAAAAGUAGAAUAAUAUUGAAUGAGCUUCAAUUAUAUUGGUCAUUCGUGUUUAAACGUUAAAGGCCACGGCUGGAUUUGUAUUGAAUGUAAGAGAAGGCGAAAUAGUAUUUACUUUUAAAAGGGUUUAAUUUUUAUGCUACUCUUCCAUGAGUUCUAAUUGCUCUUCUUAGUGUAAAGAAUCAUGUUACAUGUUUGGCAGUGAGGAUUAAAAAAGUUAUGAACAAAGAUGAAAGCUUCCAAUCCUACCUAUUAGUAUUGUAAGUUUCUCGUUCUUUUUCCAGGUAAUUGAGCCUGAAUUGCGAGUGACUGUUACUCCAUCCCGCUUUUCUGAAGUUGAACCAAACUCUGCUGUGACGUACAUGGUCCGGCUGGAGGAUUCCCAAGAGUCAACAUCAUACGCUUUUAGGGUGGGCCUUGAAAUAGCUGUGCCUCAUGACCACUUCAGUGAUACGCAAAUAACAGAGUAUCCGGCGGGACGCAGCUUAGAGAUAGUAGAUGGAGAUCAAUCUCCUAGUGGUGACGUUAGGUAAUGUAGUACAUGGAAUGUUAUGAAAAGUACAUUACUUACACUUGUGAGGCUAGUACUAAAUAGCAAGCAAGAGGAACUGUAUGACUUUGAUGUAAAAUAAGACUUUCCAGGGCCUUGUAAUAUUUAAAUCACGAAAACGAAUCGUGGCUUAACUGGAUCUGAAUGCCAAGUGGGGCACAGGGGAGUGGAGGCUUCACCCCUGUGUGUCUAUAAAUUCCUCAGUGGUUUAGGCUGGUAUCUUUUGGGGUGGGGAAAUUGUGUUGUUUUUAUGCUGUCUCUUCCCAUCUAGGUGUAAAAAAAUGAAUACUAAAAAACUUUCUUGUUGCCUUUAAAAUGUGUUCACGGUAGGUUUAUUAUGACGUCGUUUUUUGCAGGUACAGAAACAGAAAUACAAAAGUGCUUUUAUUCAAGGGAGAAGAUCUACUUCUUGGGCAGACAGUGUCUUUUAAGUUUAAGGCCACAACAGUCAGUGACCUUCAAGCAAGCAUUUAUGUGUCAUUGCCUGUUCACCUGGCAUAUGCAACGCUUCCAAUUAGUCUUGCACCUCGUGAAGGAAGAAACUAUACACACAACUCAAAUCAGGUUAGGUGAAGGUCAUUUUCGGCUAUAGAUAGUUCCGUCAUAGCCGUCAGUCCAGUAGAAUCGAACGAACUUUCAAUGAAACUCACCAAAGAAUUUCGUUUAAUCGAACACAAACGAACAGUAGUCUUUUUCCGAAUAUGAAUUUUUACUACUUCAUUUACUGUUUAUCCUUUCCAUUACAAUAGUAAUUUCUUCUUCUCAGAUAUCCAGUUUACAGAAUCUCAGUCCAUGGAUUGAGUUCAAUUCAGAUUGAGUCUUCCGAUUACCGAAUGUUCGAUUGACUACGCUAGGUGGAUUUAAUCAAUCAACUUUAUUUUACUACACUCCUAGCAGAAGACCUAACCUAUAGCAUGUGUAGGUGUCACUUUAAAGUAAUGAAGAAGUAGUGACCUGUUCAAGGAUUUUCGGUAUUAUUUUCUAUUUAACAGCUUAUCAUUUGGUGGUGGUUGUUCCUUUGCAGACUAUUUUAUUUUGAGUAAAGCGGCCAAUCUGUAAGAAUAAGGACUCUAAGAAUUCUCUGGCGCGCAUCAUUGCAACCGUCGUAACAAUCUAUGAAUCGUUUAAAGUAUAAACCGGAGUUAGAUAACUUUGUUUUAUGAGUGCUUUUGAUAUGGCAAGUCCUAGUUGAGUUUCAGCUCCAUUUUAUAGCCAGAAUAAUUAAAAACCUAAGGAUAGUUAUUGGUAAAAUGAAACCUUCAGGGCCGUAGUUUAGAAAUUUUCCCUAUAAGUACGCACAGUUUCCUAAAUCAACCCCGCCUAGCCAGUCUCCUAAAUUGUUUUUUUUCCAUGCGUGUGUCAAGACAAAUUUGUGUUUUUAAUCAGUAUGGUGAAGUUAACAUCCCUCUUGGUCAUGUGGGACCGUGUUCUUUAGGCUGCCAGCAAAGUACGACUUUUGCUUGAGGCAAAAUUUAGGGAAACAUUUCAUUUUGUUUUGAAAACGCUGAUGAUGCACUUUAUUUGAGUGCCAAUGCAUUUAGCACGAAAGUGUUAAUUAGGGAGACUAUUUUAACGUCUCCUAAUGGAGACGGGACCGCCAUUUUAGGUGGUCAUCCGAGCCAUGCGAAGGCCUCGCCGCUUGCAGUGCAAAGGGAGUACCUUCAUUUCUAAGUUAUUUUAAGACCCUGAGUGUUGGUCCGGUCCCUGGAAUCGAACCCGCGACCUCCUGUCUCUGCAGUCAAGCGCAGGAAACAUUAUUUGAAAGACGUUCAGGCGGAGUUUCAUGUUUCAUGGACCUUUUUUCAGUCAUCUCUUAUUUUACUUUCUAUGCUUUGCCUUUCUGGCCUUUUCUUUGUUUUAUGAUUGUAAUUUAUCUUCGACAGUUUUGCGAGGUAAACUUCUACAUAUACAGGCAGUCAGGUGGCUACGCCUUUAACGCCUCUAAAUGUUUAGUUGGGUUAAAACCUAUGGGAUACAUGUGAUCAAUACAUGUGAUCAUACAUAAGUCUUUAAGCUAUGCCUAGUUACGAAGUGGCUCCAUCUCUUGAGUCAGUAGUUGUUCACUUGGUAAUACACACUUUGUGCAUUAGUGACGCACAUUUUUGGUGUGCUGACAGUAAUUUUACCUUUAUUUUGUUGACUCACCAGGGUACAUUCCUUACAAUCCGACCUCCUCCUUUUCUAUCGGUCACAUUUGAGGUUCUUGCCGGAUCAUUUGAUGCCGGUGAUAGAGUGGAGUACAAUCUCACUCUUAGUAACAUUGCUCAGUCAACCACCGCGCAUGACCUUUCCGUCUUGGCAACCUUUGAGGCCAUUGAUGGUAACAGAGUCUACAGAACAUGCAGUAGUGAUUCUGUGUCUUUCAAUAACAGAACCUUGGAGUCUCAGCUGUUUAUUUCAAACAUGGGUCCAUCCAUUACUAUUUCCUGCAACUACGUAUCAUUUAUUAAAGACCAUAUCAGCCCAAAGAAGUUGGUGUCUCAAAUAGUGGCCGUCGAGUACUAUAGUUUGUCUGCAGUGAACCGACCUCUUACGGCCGCAAGCUACAAGGAGAAAAGAUUUGCUAAUGUCACAACCAAACCGAUAAACACCACAGCCGUCACGAGUCAGAACGCCGAGCAACUGCAGGCUGGGGAUCCUGUUAAUUUUACCUUUUAUUUACAAUUGCCAGAAUGUGUUACCAACCUGAGUGUUGAUUUUCAACUGCCAACUGUUCCUCGCAAUGUUAUUGAAUUGUUUCGUAGGAGGAGAGAUGCACGCAGAGAAGAAGCUAAACUUUGGUAAGAUCCCAAACUAAUUUGGUCGUGUUUUAUCCGUAAAAUUGCAUAAUUGCUCAAGGUGCUUUUAAAUUACGUAAACACAGUAAUAGCAUUUGGGUGUAAAAUAUAUUCUCACUAUGCGGUGUCCUUAUACAUAAACGACAUUGGUUAACACUGUCUCUCUCGGUCCCGGCUCUUAACAAUUGUUCACAUGCGUGACAUAAUUUUGGAAAAGGAGCAUAAUAUUCUUUAUCCUUAUGCGUAUUACUUGCAGGCGGCCCUAGGGCUCGUUUCGAAAGUCCCGAUAAUAGGAAUUUAAUGGUUUGAACCCAGGAGUCAUCUCAUAAGUAUGUGGAAUAUCAUCGUCCGGGUGAGUGUAGUCCUGAAUUAGUGGACUGUUGUUGACGGUGGCGGAAGUUAAACUGACAACAAGUCGUUUGUACGGUGCCGGCAACUGCUGACUACGAUUUAGCGGCGUUUGUUCUACCUUGCGAACCAGUACCUUGUAAACGACUUAUUGACGAACUCAAGGAAAAGUGACAACAAUAGAGUGACCGAACAAACCGACAAUUUCAUUAACUAUAACGUCUGUUGUUUCUUUGACAAAAGACGGAUCGAAAUGCAUCACUCACGCGUAGAGUCUUCAUAACCAAUGCCAUUACAGCUUAACUGACAGACGACAAAUAAAUAACAACGCGACGGGAUACAACUCCCUUUCACUCUGAAGAUCACUACUGUGUACCGCACAGGUUGUCGAAACUACAGCCUCUGUGAGUCACACUCUUAUUUAGGACUACAUCUACCCGGACGAUAAUAUUUCACUUACUUAUGAAGGAAGUUAUAGUGCGUCGUUCGUCAUCCAGAGGGCUGGGCACACCGGAAGCAAAGAUUGCGUCGGUCUCAGCUCCCGCUUUCACAGGCUGCAAAAUGGCGUCGAGCAACUGAAGAACAGCCGCCCGAUUGGCCAGAACUCGCUCAAAUUUGUACAGAUCGGAGUCUGACAUUAAGGCAAAUAGAAGACCGGGGGCAUUGGACGCGAAAUGAACCCAUUACAUAAUCGCAUACGUUGAAAAACAAUAGCUUUGAGCAUGAUUUGGAAAAAAAUUGGCAUUGUGAGAAGCGUAAUAUUUUAUUUUACUAGGAUAAUCGAUAGAGGCCUAAGUGUAUGAAUGGGUAACAGCAUAAUGGAGGGUUCCGGUGUAGUUUGUGUUCCAGGUACUUCAAGUAGCCCGUGUGAGGAAAACUGUUCCUUUGCUAUAGAUAUGUUUACGUCUAUUGUACGAUAAAACACUAUAAAAAUAUAACUAAUAUGUAAGCGACAUCUUCAAGGCGUUCUCAUUUUAAAGGUCUCGAUCUACUUAGCAUUCAUCUUUGUCGUGGUUGUAAACGGUAAGGCAGGAUAGGGUAAGGGGGGAAUGUUGUAUAGAAAAGUUAGAGUUACGCCUAGCAGACAGGUUAACUUAUUCAUAUUUAGCUAUUAUUGGAUUCGGCUUUCGUAAGAUCUGAAAAUAUGGAGAUUGAGGAGUUUGUUAUCGGUCGAAGCGGAUAACUCCUUUCUGAGAUCUCCAUUCUGUUUCUUCAGAUCAUACGAAGGUCGAAUCCAAUUUAUCACUGUAUUAUUAUGGAUCAUUCAUUCAAAAUAAUUUAUACGUUUAAAAUGAGCUGAAACUUGCUUACCUGAUCGUGCUUCCCUCGGUCUUCGUUUGCCUGUUUCUCGACAAAAUCAGGAUAUACUAAAAGGAUGCUUAGCUUAGCAGAUAUUCUUCAAAUCGAAGUUGUCAUCCGUUGAGUUGUAUUUUUUGCUGUUCCAGUUAUGUUUUUAGACAGUAGUUCGGCUUUUUCUUCUUCGCAAAACGUCUGGAAUUUUCCGCCAUCUUCUGUAACUCAGCUAUCAAAACAGCUCAGCUAACGCAGCCUCGUCCCUAGGGCUUCUUAGUUGCGAUCCCUUUUUCUGUCGGUGCCCUGUACUAUUGACAUCAUUUUAGUAGAUAUCGCAAGCGUCUUCCAAAUUUGGUCAAAGCUAACUGGUUAUUAAGAUUUAACCGGGGGAUUUAAGCCAUAGCACACACACAAAAAAACAUAAAAUAACAUAAAACCUUUAUUUUGACACGAUGAGAGUUAAAGCUAGAAAGCUUGUGGGGUCGUGAAGCCAAUCAGAAACGGAGAAAUAUUUUGAAUAACUAUUAAUUUUAGCUGUUUUCUUUGGGACAGGUCACGUGUCAAACGCAGCUCUGGCCUGGUAUACGUGCUCACUCCCUUUCUGAAUGAAAGUUAUGUUAAGUUUGGAAAUGGUUUCACGCUGAUGCAGCGCCUGAACAUCACAUUUGUCAAUCAUGUGUCUUUGAACGUUGCCUUUGGUUUGUUAGAGAACCUUCCUGGUUCUGGACCCAAUGACACCGUGGAAAUUUUCCUGAAAUUUGGAACUGCAAACAAUCCUUUGGUUCUGAGUGGAAGACCUCUUUACUUGACUGCUUUAUUGAACUUUGAUGCAGGUUCAGACAGCUCUUCUAAAAAGUUCAAAAUAAUAGGACCGCUGCUUAAACCGCUUUUGUCAAUUAACAAAACCGUGAAGGUAAGAACACUGAUACCUUUUGACAGCUUAAGCAAGUGACGCGGGAUUGGCCAACCUAGGAAAGUAGAAUCAGAAAGUUUAACAACGCUGCCGACCAUUUUCAUACUAAGGAAUCUAAUGAUUUUUGUUAAAAUUUCUUUUACAAAAAUUUCUUCAAUUCCUGUAAAGGAGGAGUAUAAGACAUCAGAUAAGACAGUACCGCCCCCCAAAAAAAUAAAUAUAUAUAUAUAUCAAGGUAGUUCGCCAUAGCACCCUCCCAUGCUCAGCAGGUGAUGAUAUACUCUAAUGCCUCAAAGGCAUGACAUGCAUUUUCCUCUAUUCAAGGGCACCAUAUGUUUCCUGAGAGGUUUCAACCAAUAUUCUCUAUCUGGUCUAUCCCGGUUUUGCUGGCAAAUUUAUUUCAUCCAUUUCUCUUUAAGAAAAUGGAACCAACCUGUAUUCGAGGGUAAUUUUUUAUAUACAAGUAUUUGAAUGUUAUCCUUCCCCACCCUACCCCUGCUUCAACCUGGUCUUCAAGAUAGUUCCAUUUUACUGGAGAGAAUACUUAUGACUUAGAUUCAUCUUUACAAUACAAAGGUAUUACAAGAUGAAAGUGAUUCACCUCCAGUGGCUUUUAACAUCACAAUAAGUCACGCAAUUGGUUCUCUUUAUGAUGCUCGUAAUCUGACUGUCACGGAUACAGCUCAAGGAAUGGACAUCUAUGACUCUGCUGUUUCAACGAAAGGCGUAUUCAUCAGUUAUCCUGGCAAGAACGUAUUUGGAGUCCGGUUUAUUUUACCAAGUCUACGAAGUAAGUGAGGUUUUUUUUUUAAUACAGUGAAACCUGUAUUAAGCGGACACCCUCGGGGAAUGUCCGCCUAAUACAGGUUUCGAUAUAUAACGUCAUUUGAGGUGUCAAAUGCCAUUCAAAUGAACAGUGGAAGCGUUUAUAAUACUCCCGGAGACUAUAACGAUAGACGUUUGCAUUAAUUUCUUUAUCAAACAUAGUACCAUAAACAUGGAUUGCAACUCAGAUUUGAAGAAAUCAGAUGAGUGAAAGCUCUAUACAAACAAAACGAAAUAGAAAACAAUCCUGUACUGUGAAACUAACCAAAUAAGUUCGUCAAGUCACGUUUUUUAAUGUAAAAAUCGAAAAAUUUGUGGGUGGCAAUUCGAGGCAAUCUUUCGCAUUUCCGGUGUCUGGCAUGUUCGGUGGUGGAAUUUAAUUACAAGUGUCCGUUUAAUACAGGUUGGCAACAAUAGAAAUGACCCUUUUUAGUUACUUUUUAGGUGUCCGCGUCCGCUUAAUAGAGGUGUCCGCUUAAUAAAGGUUUCAUUUAAAGUAAAUAAGGGAAAUAAAUUUGGGGACUUCGGCUACUGUCCGCUUAAUAGAGGGUGUCCGCUUAAUACAGGUUUCACUGUAUUAGACAACAUUUUCCAGGGGCACCCAACGUCAAUUUUCGGAAAAUAUCCGUUCGGAAGAUGAUUUGAGAUCUAGAAUUUUCGGAGCAUUUGUUGUAAAAUCUCUUGCUUGCCUGCCUCUCCUAGGAUUUUCGAACAUCUAAAAAAAUUGUAUAAUUUCCCAUUUUUAACGAAUUUUUACGCUAAAAAGGUCACCCAGAAUUUGACUUUCAGCUAGGAAAUCCGAACAGAUGAAAAAUUUUUAGGGGAUAAAAAUAUGCGUAUAUCUACCCUUUAAAUACUAAAAUACGUUUAACAAUGCUAUGUUUAAGUGGUUUUGAACUAUAUUCUCGUUGGGUGCCUCUGAUUUUCGACCGUUAAUAUUUUAAAUAUUCUCCUUUUAUAUUUACUAUUUCUAGUCGGCGAGACAAGAUCGUUUAUCUAUGUGGCCCAUUUCCGAGUAGAAGAAAAGGUCGGUAAUAUGCUUUUUUUAGGAAAAUGUGACUGUAUAACAAAUUGUCUUGUACAUUCCAGAUGUAUCCAUCCUCGGAGACCCAGGGGCAGAUAGUGGGGACGAGGGAAAGUCUAAACGGGCGGAAAAAUGUGGCACGAAGAAAAGUAAAGAACGGCGAGAAGAGCCCCUGGGGACGAUGUCUUACCAGACCAGUUCCAAACGGUCGCCGCCGUUCUGGCUUCUGAUUGGUGCCAGAAAAACACAAGUUUUCUGGCACCAAUCAGAAGCCAGAACGCGGCGACCGUUUGGAACUAGUCUGGUAAGACAUUGUCCCCAGGGGCUUUUCUCGCCAUUCUUUACUUUUUUUCGUUCCGUAUAUAUUUUUCCGCCCGUUUAGACUUUCCCUCGCCCCCUUUAUCUGCCCCUGGGUCUCCGAGGAUGAGAUGUAUCAGUCUCAACAGCGAAAUCAGUGAUUUUACUUAAUAAGAUUCAGCGAGUUAUUGCAAUUGUCACGUUUGUAAGAGUUCCAGUGGGAAUAGCCUGCGUUGCAGCCGGCCCACGCACUCGUCUAAACCAUUUGUAUUGUCCGUCUGCGAAUUAGUGCACAAAAGCUCGUUCUAAUAUCCUGUAGAGUUGCAAGGACAUAUGUGAACGUUUCGGAUAGGCGGAUUUCUUACGUGUUUCUUAUAAGCCUCAUGAUUGGCCUAAUUCUUACGUGUACGUGACGGUUGGGCGCAGUGACAUGUCAAAAUUCACAGAAGGGAGUCGGCAAGGAUCGUUUACAAUAAACAAUGAAAGAGCAGUUCGAACCUUAAAGCCGUCUUCUAAACAAAAAAAAAAUGCUUUGAGAGGAUUCCUUCAACGCCAUAAUUUGCUUGUAAAUUUGCCGACUGGUUUCCCAGCGUCUUCCAAACGCUGCAGAUGCACUGCCGCGUAUUCUGCAAUCUAGCCGACAGUUCUGGAGUCAAAACAAAUUAGAAAAUCAUGAUAUUCACGGCGAAAAAAAAGUACACACAUGCAGCUAUUCAGGUCCAGGCAUUUCCGAGAAAACCAAAGAAACUAAGGUUAUUUAGCGGCAAUAAAAAAGUUUAAGGCUUAAGCAGAGGUAAAAGAAAAAUGUUUUAGUGGUAAACUGAAUCUGUGGUCAAAUCAGCUUCAUAACCUCUAAAUGUGAGACUCAAAGCGGAAAAAAAAUUGCUUAGUCAAAGUGUAGAAUACUCCACGCACUGCAUAAACUACGCAAAAAGAGAGCAAGAAAAACCUCUGUUGCUCAAACUGUCUACUCUAAGGUCACGUUUCACACUAUCACGAGCUCAGUCUCUCUUGUCACGAGCUAUGAGUCAUGUUUGACCUGUCAACACUUAAUUCAAAUCGGACUAAUCGCAAACUGUGUAAGAAAUUAGCCAAUCAAAAACGACGACAUAUGUCCUUGCGACUCUGCGGCAUUCGAACACGAUGUUGUGCACUAAUUCGCAGACGCUAUAUACAGAAGGUUUAGAGCGUCUGCGACGCAGGCAAAGUGGGAAGUGUUGGUACAGUUUCCUUGGCUCUUUGUAAUGUAGAGCGUUUUCACAUGACGUCACGGCGACCAUGUUGGUGUUCCCAAACAAUGAAACGGCGGCCAUGUUGGUGUUUCAAACCAAUCCUGUAGAGUUAGACUCUUUUCUUACUUAAACACUUUUGUUUUGUUGCAAUAAAUUUGCGUAGAGGCUGGCCACGUAAGUGAAAACGCUGUAUAAUUCUCGCGGAGCGAGCGGCCGUUAGGCCUCGAACGAAGCGAGUUUUUAGAGAGAUUCACGUUUGCGCAAAACGGCAAACGUGAAUUUGUACUACGUGACAAAGUUUCCCCCUUAAUUGUCGUUUACUGUUUAUUACUUCUACACAGUAGUUUCACACCAGUUGUAUCCAUAACAAUUUUUCUGAACAGUUUUUAUCCGCUUAUUUUCUGUUCUGAGAAAUUCUCAACUUGAAUCUGACGUUCGCCUUUUGCAGUAAACGUGACUCUUAAUCUCUCUUAUAAUUUUGUCGCGCGCCACGCGAGGAUCGCAAGAGGAGUGCGAUUUCGCUUUGGUCAUAAAUCUUUCUUUCUAUCGGUUUGGUGUCCGCAGUUGCCUAGCAACUAGUCCUAAACAAAUCCUAAAUACGCCAUUCAGCAUGACGUCAUCGCGCAUUUUGGGUUUCCUGGCCACACGGCCACUGACUAGGGCUCAUUUUAUUCAUCCUCUGUUUACUGUACGUUGGCGAAUCGCCUGGCGAAUCGCAAAGUAUUUGUGAGACAAGUAACAGCGGGCUGCAAACACAACAGUGUCCGAUUGGACAAGUGGCUGGAAAUCCUUGCCGUACAAAAAGAUUUAACAGUGAAAGAACGGCGACUAGAACUUCAGCGAGAGGAACGAAGAAGAAGACAAGUGAGUUCGUCGAGCGGCCUAUAUAAAGCUCGAGAGUGAAUAAACACGGAAAUAAUGCGAAAUGGUUUUGAAAUGCUCGUUUGAGCUAUUUUUCCUCAAAUGUAUCUUUGAAUUCAUGAUAAAUGCGGCUCCAGAAGGUUCAAACAGCGUGGAUGGCAGAGAAAAAUACGUCAACACUAUUAAUUUUUAUUAUUAUUCAUUCAAAAUAUUUCCCCGAUUCUGAUUGGCUAAAAGCACACGUUUAAUUCACCAUAACCAGUUACUGAUGACCAAAUUUGGAAGAAUUUUGACUUUAACGAGGAAAUGAAGUCAAAAAUGCAGCGUUUUCGCAGGUUAAGGCACCGUUAACCGAGAAGACCUUGGGACGAGGUUGUUUUGGUUGUGAACUUGAAAAAAUGGAGGACAUUUCACUCGUUUCAAGAGUAAGAACUAGGCGAAAAAAUAGCUAAAAACAUAGCAAGAAGACAACUAGAAGGGCGACAUGUGCUGUUUGGAGAAUAUUUGCGGAGCUGGACAAACCUAAACGUACACUAUCGAAGAUGAACUGAACAUCGAUGGAUCGAUGGAGGUGAGCAUGUUUUAGCUAUGUUUUUAAACUCGGAAUUAUUUUUAAUGAAUAAUAAAACAGUUAUUGAAUUCGGCUUUUGUAUCAUAUGAAGAAUUAUGGAGAUCUCGGAGGGUGUUAUCCGCCUCGCCCUACGGCCUCGACGGAUAACACCCUCCUCGAUCUCCAUAAUUCUUCAUAAGAUACUCAGCCUCAUUCAUUAACUGUUAAAUAAACUGUGUGCUGUUCGCAUGGCCCAGUGGUAUGAGGAUUGCUUUCUGCGCAGGAGGAAGUUGGGGUGCAGGUUCAAAUCCCGGCGGGGCUUCUUCCAGCUUUUUUUCUUUCAUCGUAUUUUUACCCUUCGGCUUGUUUCCGCUUAUUCAGUCUCACUGCUAACCCUUUUUUAGCUUCGCGAGAUUUUUGCAAUAAAGUAUUUCUGGUAACUUUAUAGAGGCUGCUAUUUGCUAUUUACGGCUGUAGAUUAAUUUAGUAUUUAUCAUGGCUAUUGCGUCUUUCGAGCUGUUGACUUUUCACUUUUGUAAGGAGCCAAGCACUCUACGAAUUCCCGCAGAAGUGGUAUGGAAGAGUGUACAGGUAGGAAAUAGGCACAAGCUGUUUGAAAUUAGCGAAUUACAUUUUGAAAUUCUUUCUCAGUUGUACUGUGCGUGGCGUAAAGUGUGUUCACUUCAGUGAACCUGGGAGUUUCAGGGGUUACCAUUCCGUUGCCACUCUGAUUUCAGUUUCAAUUUAAGCUGUUUUAGUGAUUCUGAGGGGAAGAGGCAAUAAGUGAAUUGUCACCCUUCAGAGUGUUAUCAGACAUGUAACUUUGGAGCGGUUUCCAUGCAACACAUUUUUUUUCAGCCUGCCUCGUUUUCUUUUUCUACCCUCUUUUUUCUAGGUGGUUAUGCAAUUUUCUUGGCGUCCUGUAGCCUCACCUUUACGGGGGCUAAUGAGCGGACUUUAUUAAUUUUUGAAUUUUUGAGAAUAUAGGACUUUAUCUAAUGAGAACUUCAUUGAGCGGCCACGCACAGUUGCCCCCAGCCAAUUUAUCAUGCUAUGGCCUAAAAAAAAUUUAUACAAGGAAUUUGGUAACGAAAAAAAAUUCCUGCGGCUCGAAGAUUCCCCUUCCCCCAUAACUUUUCUAAUAGUCCGUCCCUUAUGUAAACUUUGAUUUUAAGGCCCCCCGCGAGCGAGCUUCAAGAAACGCUUCCUAGCUGUCGUAAGGGUGAUUUAAAUUACUGGCACGAGGAAAGACAUAAAUGUUUUCUAGAUGAGGAUUUUCCACCCUGAUGGCCAUGUUUUUAGCGUAGAAUUUCUCACGCUCGGAAUCUAACGCUUAUUACUUAAAAUUUUGGCAAAUGUGAUGUUUGAUGUCUAAAUCGGACCUUGCCGUAAUUCAAAUUUUAAUAAUGUAUAUAUUAGUUUUUUGAGUUGUCAUUUAUGGCAAGUAUUUGUUCCAUUGACAGUUGAACAGUCCAACCUACAGACUGAGAAGUGACUCCAGCACAGCUUGUCUCCAGAGGAAUGAUGUAGAUGAAGCAGAGGUAGAAUUUUUGCUUACGCUUUCUCGCUUUGCUCUGGUUAGCUUUUGCACUCGAUUACUGAUAUGUGCAUGUGAAGUCUAGAGAAGUGAGUUGAUGAAAUGUUAAAAGUGUUGAUAUUACUCAGCAUGUAGCCAUUUACUUCAGGAUUGCCAAUGGCAACCAGGUUUUUAAGGGUAUAUUUGUUUUGUUGCACACCUAAUAUUUGAGUAGCUGUGAGAGCCCUUCUGCUUUUGUCGUUGUUUUUCAUGCUCAGCAGAUAGAUAGUACCACAGCAUAGCGUACUUACGGCAAGUCGAGCACCUCCUCUGGCCAAAUAGCCAAGACACUUCGUCAAAAACAGCUGAGUGAAGCAAGGAAAUGGCAACAUGAGAUUAAAAUGACUAAUUUACUUGGAAUGAAGUGGGCCAAAACCUUGAUAUCACAAUUCUUUCCAUUCUGCAUUUGCAGGCAAAAUAGUGCUAAAUCUGACUUGCUUUCAGUCAUCUUCUUGCAAUAUGCGUGAUAACAGGGACGGUGCUUGUGCGAAGUCAGCUACAGAGCCGCUACAAGAUAUCACUUGAAAACAGUGAAAAGGGCCAGGUCCUACGAUGUUAACUGUGUCUUGCUUCCCGCCGACCGAAUCUGUCAUAUUUACUUGUGAAAUUUGUUGAUUGUAGCCCCGUAAAGUGUUUGGAUACUUUGCGCUUGGUGUUUUACUCGGGUUAUUGGUCGGAGGUCUGAUUGCGGCCAUUAUAGUGUUGGUUGUUGUAAAGUGCUGCGAUAAGGGGAAGAUGGCACCCUACUACAUGGUAAGUACCGUCUUUGCAGAAGCGCAGUAAUUCACGUUAUUUCCCUGAUUCUUAAUGAAAACUUUUUAAAAAAAUAUUGGAUGAGGGUUUUAAGGUAUCAGCCACCCUUAAAAUUGCCAUUUUUCCAUAUUUGAGGUUUCAACGUUUUCAAAUAGAUAUGCUUGAGAGCUUUCUUUCAAAAAAAAAAUCAGAAGAAAAUAUUAUUUCUGUCGAAAGAUGUCGGUGGUAAAAGAUUUUUUCUCGUUAAUUAUCUUAAUUGAUCGUUGACAAGAUCUGUCAUACCCGUGUCAUAUCAAUUAACUUGCCUGUGAACUAGUAACGUGAUUCCGCGUGCGUGAUUGGACACAACACGUGCGAAUUGUCUUCGCGUUGUUUAUAGCUUUUAGUAUUCUCCGUGGAUAUUUAGCGUUUGCUUCGGUGAAAAUGCUGCCAAGAAAAAAGAAAAGGCCGUGUCCGUUUUCGUCAUCGAAACCGAGAGCGAAAAAGAAUCGAAUGGGCCGCAAAAUUUUAUCAGCAAGAGAAGUGGCUCGAGGAGUUGGAUAUUCAGAAAAGCGAAAAUGCUGCAGUUGCUGAGAGUGCAAGCCGCUCCAAAAUCCAGGUUGAAGAGCCAGAUGAAGAAAGCCAAUUAAGCUCAUCGACCCCAUCUGCUGAUGGAACGUGGAAAACAAUAAGCGGUCGGGCUAUCGUAUCGAGAGAAAAGCUGCUUGAGAAACUGGACGAGUCUGUAUCUUGUCAAUUUUGCCGGGGAAGAGUCCAAGUCAUGGAAAAUGUAGCGACUAAGCAUGGACUUGGUUCUACCUGGAGAAUCCAGCGCGAGAAUGAAAGCUGUCCGUCGCACAAGACAAAUUCAGUUUUUAAUUCUUUCGAGAAGAGCAGAGCGUUUGAAAUAAACCGGACCUCAGUUCUUGGCCUUCGAGCAAUCGGCGGUGGACAUUCGGCGGCUUCAAAAUUUUUUAGUUUCCUUGGCCUGGCGCCGAUCAACAAAUCAUACAAAAAAGAUCGAAGGAGAGGCAAAACUUUUGCUCGAGAAAUAAUUAAACCGUGCUUCUCGUGUUGUAAAAGACUGGAAGUUUUCCUGUUACAUGUUACCUGUCAAAGUCCUAUUGUUACAGAAAAUUGAUCCCUCUCUGAUAUCAAUCAGAAUAAACAUUUAGGUGUUAUAAUCUCAUUCCAGGUGGGAUGCCGCCAAAAAUGUAUUUUCUUUUUUAUCUCCGAACGCAAAUUUUGCCGAUCGACUCGUACGUUUUGAAGUCCAAGUCGGCAGCCUUUCAAUCAAUUUGGCUAAAAUUUGGCCAGAGUGAUGCCAUAUAUCUCUUCUACAAAAUCGUGUCUGCGAAUUUUAAUACCCCUUUUCAUUUUAAAGCUAGAGCUUUUUUUCCACAGGGAGUGUUGACUAAUUGCCUUCCCCAACUUCAUUUGCUAAUAAAAGAAAAACAAACGCACUUGUCAAAAAUCUGAGACACGGUUUUUUAGUGGAACAUGUUGAGAAGCAAAUGCGGUGUUAAUUGUUUUCUUCCGUUUAUUUCCGGCGGGAGUGGAACAUGAUUUAUAGAGACGUGUACGUUUACACAAAGCGUUCCAAUUUCGAAACACAUUUGAGUAAAUCGUUUUUGUUAGUUCAAAUCCAUAAUCUGGAAUUAUUAAGCUUUUAAAAAAUAUAUGGUUUAUAGGGGUUUUUGUAAAAACAACUAACGCUACAGCGAUCCGCGCGCGGACGGUCCUGAAGGGUGGCUGAUACCUUAAGAUAUUCAUAAUAAUCAAGAUCGAGGUAAUUGUUAUCAGCCGAGCCAGAGGCCGAAGCUGAUUUCACUUAACGAGUUGCGUUGAUAGCUAUUUGAAGUAACAUCCGUUGAAACAAAACAAUCCCAACCCAGAGUAGCAAAUAAAAUAUUAUUUUUCCUUUUUCUUUAGCGCUUUACUAACACAUCUACAAUGACAGUAUUGACUGGAAGCUCUCAGUACAUUUAUCAUGGUGAAGAACUAACAGACAAAAAUCCAGUAGAAAAACACUCUGAGUCAAGGUCAGAUAUAGAGCGUCGUGUAUUGUUACUAGCUAACUAAGUUAUUGUAAAAAUUUUACUGUAGUUUUAAUUUGUUUACUCUCGUAGCACUUAGGGAGGACUCGUUUUAACGUGUCUGUGCGUUUCUCUGAGAUCGGAUUAGAAUUGAUGGGUUUUGAGAAGCGGGGAAAGUUAGAUAGCCCGGAGAAAACCUCUCAGAACAAGGCAGAGAACCAACAGAAAACUCAACCCACGUAUAGCCUCGACGCUGAGUGCUCUAGCCACUGUGCCACCCUUUUUUCACGCCUUCACUCAUCUCUUGAUAUCUCCCUUAUCACACCUACACUCCUUUGUGAAUAUUUCCCACUUCACGGGAACACUUAUCUCUAAAUACUUCCCUUAUUACGCUUGUUCUUUUCUAUGAGCACACGGCGGCUACACUAAACUAUGUAUAAGCCUUUUUUCUCUGUCAACACGUCUAUACUUAACUCUGGAUGUGCCUGUUAUCUAGCCUGUAUACCCCCCCCCCCCCACUGUCUCUCUCUCUCUCCCGGAUUUUGUUUGAGAGAAAGGGGCGGCUGUACAAAGGCUACAUCUUAUCACGCCUUCACUCAUCUCUGGAUAUCUUCUCCAUUACGCUUGCACUCAUCUCUGAGUAUCUUCCUUAUCACGCCUUCACUAAUCUCUAGAUAUCUAUUCUCAUCUCUCAUUGUCUUCCUCAUUAUGGCUUCACUCACCUCUUGAUAUCUCCUACAUUACACUUACACUCAGUUGCGAGAGUAGAAGUAGACGAGGGGUUCAACGCGGUGGUGGACGUGGUGGAGUUGACAUCACAAUAGCUCAGGGAAUUGAAAUGAUGAGAUCAUCAGCUAAAAAUAGAAAGGUAUUGUGCAUCAGAAUCUAGGGAGUUGACGUCAUCAAGAAAACUAUGAGAUCGUUAUCUAAAGUAAUCAUUUAAUAUGGUAACUGGUGGGAUGACAUCAGCUUAAAGUAGAAAGGGUUUUUUGACAUGAUCAGCUUUUUUCUAUAGUCUAUGACAUCAUUGUUUAUUUUUAACUGGCGUGCAACUUAAAUGUAAAAUGAAGUAUAAGUCGAAAAUCAUGGCAGGGAGCAACUGACGUCACAAUACCUUAGAGGGUGACGUUAUAAAAAAUGAGAUCAUCUAAAAAUAGAAAAGUGAAAUCAUUGGGCAGGAAGGAAGGAAGUGACGUCAUGAUGGUCAAGAGUUAACGAUGAGAUGAUCAUCUAAAAGUAAAAUGGUGUAUGAGGUCAUUGUUUAUUUUACUUUAGGAUACUAUAUG